AUGUUUUGCAGGACCAUCUCGGUGUGGUACGCCCUCGUAAUCAUCUGUGUGUGCGUAGAGUGUACAAGUCUCUUCACAGACGAAAUAAACGAACUUUUAUCCCCUAGUGCAGGCUAUCUUUAUGCUGCUCUUCAGAUUGGAUAUCUGUUACUGAUGUUCUUUUUAACCUCCUUGGUCGCAUCCCAGAUUCCCGAAGAAGCUGCAAAAUCAGUGGAUCAGAUCCACACUCUUACUGCACCGUACAGUGCUAACAACAUAGCCAUUCACCUUCAGGUUCAGCUGUUUGUAUCACAGCUAACUACAAGCCCAACAGGACUGACUGGCUGGAAGUUUUUUGUUAUCAAUCGAGGAGUAGUCCUAACAAUCCUGGGAGCAAUAAUCAGUUAUAUGGUAAUCGUUAUACAGAUGAAUCCAGUGGCAAUGAACGCUUUGGGCGGUUAA